GCCGAGAGAGCCACUGGGGCUGAAUGCCUUUCCCUGGAAACCCCCACUCUCUUGGACGCCCAUUCAAGUGGGAGAGGGAGGGAGGGAGAGAAGGAGGAAGAAGUCCCUUCUUCCCCCCACAUACACAAGCUCGCACCUGGUGUCUGGAACAUCUCCUGCCUCUUCCCCCCCCUGCUAACCUGCUGACACUUUGCCUUUGGGCCAGGAUGAAUGCUGGAUGGCGCCAUUCAGCUUGGGGCUUCUUGACCUGGUCUCCACUGAAGGGCCUAUUGGCUGUGGUGCUGGUGGUUGGGAAUGUCAUGCUCGUUAUUGCUAAGGGUAAUGCCCAGACCUCGAAUAGCUUAGAAGAAGGAACAGAUGCCACGGCUUACUGGUGGGGAGAGUGGACCAAGUGGACGGCUUGCACCAGGACUUGUGGCGGUGGGGUGAAAUCUCAGGAGAGACACUGUCUUCGCCAGAGGAGGAAAUCUGUCUCAGGACUUGGGAACAAGACCUGCACAGGCACCUCCAAACGGCACCAGCUGUGUAAAGUACAGGAGUGUCCUGCUGAUGGAAGAAGCUUCAGGGAGGAGCAGUGUAUAUCCUUCAACUCCCAUGUGUACAAUGGAAGGACGUAUCAAUGGAAACCCUUAUACCCAGAUGAUUAUGUGCAUAUCUCAAGCAAGCCCUGUGACUUGCAUUGCACAACUGUGGAUGGGCAAAGGCAACUGAUGGUACCAGCUCGUGAUGGGACUUCCUGCAAAUUCAUCGACUUCCGAGGGGUUUGCGUGUCUGGAAAAUGUGAGCCAAUUGGAUGUGAUGGGGUCCUCUUCUCUACCCACACUCUGGACAAGUGUGGGGUUUGUCAGGGUGAUGGCAGCAGCUGCACACACGUGACAGGGAACUACAGAAAGGGAAAUACCCACCUGGGCUAUUCCCUGGUAACACAUAUUCCAGCUGGCGCCCGAGACAUCCAGAUUGUAGAACGGAAGAAGUCGGCAGACGUCUUAGCGCUUGCUGAUGAAGCUGGAUACUAUUUCUUUAAUGGGAACUACAAAGUAGACAGUCCAAAGAACUUCAACAUCGCCGGCACCAUUGUCAAGUACCGAAGGCCCAUGGAUGUGUAUGAAACUGGCAUCGAAUACAUUGUAGCCCAGGGCCCCACCAACCAGGGUCUGAAUGUCAUGGUGUGGAAUCAAAAUGGCAAGAGCCCUUCAAUUACCUUUGAAUACACCCUUCUCAGAAAGCCCCACCCACAGAGCAUCCAGCCUGUCUACUAUACCUUCUCUGAAACUGCUUCAGAGAGUGCAGAAAGCCGGGAAUUUGAUGGCGAGGGACUGGUGGGCUUUGUCCAGCACAAUGGCAGCUACUAUGGGAAAUCAUCAAAGGAGAAGCUAGAUCUAGAGAACCAGCUGUUUGGCCAGCCGGGCCCCUCUGAGGAUAUCAACUUGAGCAAGGGCCAAGAGACCAAUGAGGUGUAUGAGAGAGCAGGAGGCAUGGACUGCGAGGCUCCACUGAGGGGCAAGGCCUUCCGAGAUUCAAAUGCUACCCAGGGGGUUCAUACAGGGGAGAAGGAGGAUCAAGACACUGAUGCUCACCUUGCCUCCCAGGAGUUCCUCUCAGAGAAUGCCAUCUCUGACCAGCUUUUGGGCAAGAACUCUGACUCUAAGGAGUUUGUCUUGAAUGUAACAGUGAACAGCAUCUUUGCUCAAGGUGACCCACAUCACCCAGGGAACUCCCCCAUGGACAGCCUCUAUUUGGACUAUGAGGAGAAUGAGGGGGCUUACAUCCUCAAUGGUACCUACUUGGAACUGACCAAUGAUAGGAUGGCUAAUACAUCAUCAGAGACACCGUUCCCCAAUGCCAGUGCUACCCUCCCGAGUUCCCCAGGAAACAGGACACACAAAGCAAGGACCAGGCCCAAGUCCAGGAAGCAAGGUGUGAGUCCUGCUGACAUGUACAGGUGGAAGCUCUCUUCCCACGAGCCUUGUAGCUCCACCUGCACAACAGGGGUCAUGUCAACAUAUGCCAUGUGUGUCCGUUAUGAUGGGAUUGAGGUUGAUGACAGCUACUGCGAUGCCCUGACCCGCCCGGAGCCUGUUCACGAGUUCUGUGCUGGGAGAGAAUGCCAGCCAAGGUGGGAGACCAGUAGCUGGAGUGAGUGUUCUCGAACCUGUGGGGAAGGUUAUCAAUUCCGCAUUGUUCGUUGCUGGAAGAUGAUCUCACCUGGCUUUGACAGCUCUGUGUACAGUGACUUGUGUGAGUCAGCGGAUAUCACUCGGCCAGAUGAGCGCAAGACAUGUAAGAACCCAGCAUGUGGGCCUCAGUGGGAGAUGUCAGAAUGGUCAGAGUGUGCUGCCAGGUGUGGGGAGAGGAGUGUGGUGACGCGGGACAUCAGAUGUUCUGAGGAUGAGAAGCUUUGUGAUGUCAACACCAGACCUGUAGCAGAGAAGAACUGCACUGGCCCCCCCUGUGACCGACAAUGGACUGUCUCUGACUGGGGACCGGUGAGUGUCUCCUUUUCUCCCAAGGCAAACAGCUCGGAGGACAGGGAUCUCUCUGGGCUGGGCACAGGGAGCAAGAUAGCAGGAAAGUGCAGCGGAAGCUGUGGCCAGGGACGGAUGAUUAGACAUGUCUACUGCAAGACCAGCGAUGGGCGGGUCGUGCCUGAGUCCCAGUGUAACAUGGAAGCCAAGCCCCUGGCCAUCCACCCCUGCGGGGACAAGAACUGCCCUGCUCAUUGGCUGGCUCAGGAUUGGGAGCGGUGCAACACCACUUGUGGGCGUGGGGUGAAGAAGAGGAUCGUGUUGUGUCUGGAGCUGGCUAACGGGAAACUGAAGACGAGGAGCCCCCCUGACUGUGACAUCACCAAGAAGCCCACAGAGGAGAGCACCUGCUUUGAGAGGCCGUGCUUCAAGUGGUACACCACACCAUGGUCCGAGUGUACCAAAACCUGUGGAGUAGGUGUGAGAAUGCGUGAUGUGAAAUGCUAUCAAGGGACAGACAUUGUUCGGGGCUGUGACCCACUGGUGAAACCCGUUGCCAAACAGACCUGUGACCUACAGCCAUGCCCCACAGAACCUCCAGAUGACAGCUGCCAGGACCAGCCAGGCACCAACUGUGCUCUGGCCAUCAAAGUCAACCUUUGUAGCCACUGGUACUACAGCAAAGCCUGCUGUCGCUCUUGUAGACCCACCCACUCCUAGGCACCUUGGAGGAGAGACAUCCCUUUUGACCUUGGCCUGGACUGCCGCACCAAGAGACUGAAGGCCUGGGGAGAGAGCCCCAUGGAAGGGGAUCUCCCCACCCCUUCUUUUCAUUGAAGCUCUUCCCGGUAGCUGGGAGCACAAGCCUGUGAAAAAUGAACAUUGGCCUUCUGCUUCUAGAGAAGACACUUUGACCACACUCUGCCGAUCCCAGGGAAGAGAGAUCCACUGGUCACCUGCCUUGGGUUUCAAGGCUGAGAACCCUCAUCCAUGCUUCCUCACUACCGUGUGUUGGUAGUGUCUGGCUAUGGAAGGAUGUACAUAGGAUCUUGUAUAUUUGUUUCUGUUUUAGAUCCAGAUCUUUGUAUGGGUUUCUCCUCCAACCCUUGGUCUUUGGUCUCCUGCCUCCAUGCCCGGCUUCUUGCUUGCUCUUACAAAAGUCCAGAGGGAGGGGGAUAUCAGAGGAGCAUGUCUGGCCACCAAAGCAUAUUGGGAAUUAGAUGACCAUCCUGUUGAUGUACAAGUUGCCUUGGAGUGAAACCCUUUUAUUCCCUGGUUCUUUCUGGGCCCUAGGGUGAGGGGUACUACAGGAGACUGUAAAAGUAGGUGUAUACUUCUCAGAGAACUUUAUCUCAUAACCACAUGUCAGUUUCAUAGUCCUUAUAAAAGAUCAUCCAUGCUGACAGAAGUGUAUAUAAUGAAACGUACCUGCACUUUAUAUCACAAAAAGACGCAUUUGUUUCUUAAUAUAUUUGUUUACAAACAGUGGAUUUUAUCCCUAUAAUCAUUAAUCAGUACUCAUCAGUGUACGGUA